CCUCUCUCUUUUAACCGUCGGAAAAAAACAAACCCCCACACGUUUGCCAUCUCAUACUCCCCACCCUCCAACUGUCCACCUCUACUCUCUCUCUCUCUCUCUCUCGAAGCAAUUCUUUCUGGGUUUCUGUUGGCGGCGAAUUCUCGAUUUCGUUUGUUUUAAGGUAUGGAAUUGCAGGACUAGGAGUUUCAAUGCACGUUUCCUUCUCCCGUUUCGUUUCUUGUCGUAAAAAUCCAAUCUUGGAGGGUUUUUCGGAUUUUCAGAUGUAGUUUGUUGCUUCAAGGUUGUCCGUUUGCACAAAAGUCUCUUCUCUUCCUUUAAUUUUUUUUUAAAAAAUAAAAAUAAAAUGUCACUUUCAUCCUUCGCUUCUCCGAUCAGUUUUCCGUUGUGGAAAAAGGAAACUACAAGUUGGUCACAGAUUCUGGAGUAAAUAGAUAUUUUCUUGGAUUGUAGGAAAAUUUGUUGUGUACUCAAUUCUAAAAAAAAAUUGUAUAUAUGUAGAGAAAUCUGCAUAUCUAUAUAUAUAUAUAUAGAUAGAUAUGAUGAUGAAGGCGGAUUCUCCGCGGGGUUCCAUAAACAAGGUAUUCGAAAGAGUAGGGGUGUACGGAUUUGGCGGGUCCAGCAGCCACAAAAGGUGCAAAUACGCCGCCAUAGAUGAUGAUGAUGAAGAUGGAAACAUGGAACUGGAGCAGAUUGGCGCCGAGAGAACCAAGAAUGUCCUCAUUCUCAUGAGCGAUACCGGCGGCGGCCACCGCGCCUCCGCCGAGGCCAUCAGGGACGCCUUCCACCUCGAGUACGGCGAUCAAUACAGGAUAUUCGUGAAAGAUGUGUGGAAGGAGUAUACUGGUUGGCCAUUGAAUGAUAUGGAGGGGCAGUACAAGUUCAUGGUUAAACAUGUCCAGCUUUGGAAAUUUGCGUUCCAUGGAACUUCUCCGAGAUGGAUACACUCCAUCUAUCUUGCAGCUAUUGCCGCCUUCUAUGCCAAGGAGGUGGAGGCGGGCCUAAUGGAGUACAAACCCGAUAUCAUCAUAAGUGUUCAUCCGCUCAUGCAGCACAUUCCGUUGUGGGUGCUCAAAUGGCAAAGCCUGCAGAGAAAAGUCGUCUUUGUCACUGUCAUUACCGACCUCAGCACUUGCCACCGUACAUGGUUUCAUCCAUCAGUGGACCGAUUGUACUGCCCCUCGGAGGAGGUAGCAAAGAGGGCGUUGCUAGAUGGCCUAGACGAAUCUCAAACUCGUGUAUAUGGCUUGCCCAUCCGGCCUUCCUUCUGCAGAGCAAUUCUAUCAAAGGAUGAUUUAAGAGUCGAGCUUGAGUUGGAUCCGCUGCUGCCAGCCGUCUUGUUGAUGGGAGGCGGAGAGGGGAUGGGCCCUGUGAAGAAAACGGCAAAGGCUCUUGGAGAGUCGCUGUUUGAUAAAGAAAACGAGAGGCCAAUCGGGCAGCUCAUCAUCAUAUGUGGCCGUAAUCAAGAUCUAGCUGCCACAUUACAGGCUUCCGAGUGGAAAAUCCCAGUCAAGGUUAGAGGAUUUGAGAAGCAGAUGCAGAAAUGGAUGGGUGCUUGUGACUGCAUCAUCACUAAAGCCGGACCGGGCACCAUUGCAGAGGCGUUGAUACGAGGCCUCCCCAUCGUUCUAAAUGACUACAUUCCCGGACAAGAGAAAGGGAACGUUCCAUACGUAGUGGACAACGGGGCAGGCGUGUUCACUAGGAAACCCAAGGAAACAGCAAGGAUCGUGGCAGAGUGGUUCAGCACGAAGAGAGCCGAGCUCGAGAGGAUGUCUGAGAAUGCGCUGAGACUUGCGCAGCCAAAUGCAGUGUUCGACAUCGUUAAGGACAUCCACGAGCUGGCUUGCCAGCGUGGCCCCUUGGCGAACGUGCCGUACAUGCUGACGUCGUCGUUCUCGAGCUUGAUAUAGUUCCAUCCCUGGUACGAGGUUAAACUGACCAAGUCCAUUUAGGUAGCAUAAGAAAUUAUAGUAGUAGUAUUCUUUGGCAUUUAGGAUUGCUGCCCACGUUGUACAAUGUAUGCCCAAAAUGAAGAGAAGAAAGAAAGAAUGUUGGGGUUGAAAUUUUGUUUGGUGUUGUAUUCUUUUUAGGUUAGUUUUGACAUCUAGGAAGGAUCGAUGAUUCAAGUUGUUAAAAGUUUUAGUCUUGGUGUGAAUUGUACUUGAUGUAAAGUGUUUUUUUUCUACUUUCCUACAAGAAAUUUGCCACAUAAAUGAGCUUCUUUGGUCUUCCAA